CAAAUGGCUGAUCGACGUAAGGAUAUGUGGCGACUGUUAUACAGUGUGGUAAAUCGUGAUGAGACCGGACUGCUGGAUAUUUUGGUCUUUGUCGAUGAUAUAUUGUGCAAGGAACCAAGUCUUAUAAGACAUUCGUUGAAGGCGAAUACCAAUAAAUUCCAAGAUGCAUUUAUAUUGUGGUUGGUCAAUAAACUGUUGAGAUCGCUGAAUUUACAAGAGGCACCGGAGGGGGAGUAAGUAGAAGGAAUCUUUUCCAAAAAUCUGAAGACCCAACGUAAGCUGCUCAACUCCUGUUUGGUCAAUCGGGUGGUGCUGUUCGAAAAACUCCUGCAGGCCUACCUCAAUGCCAUUGAUGAGCUGUGCGAACAAUAUGGUAAACUGGAUACCUCCCUGGAGGAUGUAAAGCUAAAAACAACAGCCUUCUCGACCGAAGACCAUGAAGCCUUGCGUGAUAUUGAUGGGAAUUUUAAUUUUCCCCUUAUCGAAAUCAACAGCGAUGAUUUAGAUGACUUCGUACAAGCCCUCAUGCAAAUAGUCCAACAUGGCCUAUGUGUGGGUUAUGUAAAUUUUCCAAAAAUCUUUCAAAAUAAUCUCCUGGUGAUAUUCAAAGCCCUCAAAGUGUGUGAUUUCCCCACCAAGCUUUUUUGCCUGCAAUAUGUGGGUAAGGUAUUUGAGAGAACCUGGUCCCUCGUGGAAAUGCAGGCAAUGUAUGAAUUGUCUCUCCGUUCCCUGGCCACCAUGUGGAAUUAUUGUCCAAUGUGGUUGGCUAACAAUUGCCUCAGUCAGGAUAAUUUCGAUGAUUUUAUUGAGGAAUCAUGUUCGCUACUGCGGAUUUUAUUUAAAUUUAUAAAUCAAUUGGAAAAGAGAGCAUUGAUUGAGCGACAUUGCUUCCAGUUAAUGGAGAAUUUAUAUGAGGUACAUCAAUGGCAUGGUUUGCAUAAAGCAAUGGAUAUAUCACGCCUUCGAGAUGUGGCAGGGGCCUUGACGGAUUUUAUUUUUGCCCUGUUUGUGGAGAAUCUUAAGUGUCCGGCGAAAUAUGAAACUCAAUAUGCCAAGGCAAUAAUAAAAUAUUCGGAAAUUUUCCCUUUUGUCCUGCGGGCCAUUACACCUCACUUGAGUCGGAUGGGAAAUCGUCAGGAGUUGGAGGUUUUGCUGAAAUUUGUGGAUGUGAAAUUAGUGGCGGGAUUUAAAGCCGCUGUGGAUCAAAAUGUGAAAAAGAAACCCUUUGCGGAAUUUAAGGAAUUUUUAAGUUUUGUCUACAUUUUGGAGCAUCUGAUUUUGUGGAGGGACCAAAAAUCGGCUAGUGAAGAGCUAAAGGAAGUAGAGGAGAAAUCUCUGUUCUCAAAUGUCCCUGGAUUAAAUUUGGACCCAUUAAAAAACUCCCUUAAAAUGUGGCUCACAAAUGUAUCCUCGUCGAAUUCCAAAUCCUCACAUCCUGAAGAGCUGCUAAUAGCUGGCCUUUUACUGCAGUGCACAAGUUUUAGGGACCUAUUCACCUCGAAGCAAGAAGAAAAAUUAAUGGAUGUGAUCCUGAAACCCCUACAGAACAUCGAUGUAUCCCUCCGCGAGCCUCCAGGGGAUAUUUUACAAUCCUCCGAAUUAGCUUUAGAUGUUUUGGGUCAACUACAACUUCCCAAGGAACAUGGCGGAACUUUCUCCAAAUCCAUAAGCCACACCCUGCUGCAUUUAGGCAAACGUGUCUUUGGUGAGCGGAAUUCCCAUCAACAUCUGGUCUCGAAAUAUUCCCAAAAUAUACAAAAGUAUGUUCUACAAGGCUGGUUGAAAUCCGAAAUCAUUGCCAAGGACCUAAGCAAAAAUAUCAAAGAGGAUCGCCACUAUCUGACGAUGUUGAAAACCUUUGCCUGUCUCAAUGAUGCCAGCAAUCCGAUUAUUUAUCUCAAACACUUGAAAGAAGUCUCGAAAAUAAGUCAUCACAAUUAUCCCCACCUAAUGGACUCACAAAUCUCCUGCCAUCAAUGUCAUCGGAAAUUUCAGGAGAAUAAAAAACUGCAGGAUUUCCAUAACGAAAGUAUGGCCGUUCUUCGACAGCACAACCUAACCUCCAACAGCAACGGCAGUUCACCCCUCGAACUACCAUCUCGAAUGAAGCAAUACCUCCUGCAGGAGUUCUUCACCAAUCCUCAAAUGGAAUUCAUAACCAAUCACCUGGAUUUCUGCCGUCAGGCCAUAGGGGAUAAUUUCCUGCAAUCUCUAUUCCCCUCUAAAUGCAUUCAUGAAAAUCCCGAUUUUCUCAAGGAGAUUUCCGCCAAUAUUCUAAGUCACAUCAUAGAGUCCCUUAAACCCCACCCGUCCGCGGAGACCCAACUACAUCAUCAACAAACCAUUUUACAAAUCAUUACCAGUUGCAGCCAAUCUCAACAGCUGUCGGAACUAUGGCUCUAUCAUUUCUUUAAAAUGUUUUUCUUUUAUCUCAUCCAUCCCGAAUCGAAGGUGGUGCAGGAGGCCAUUCUAUGUGCCACCGAAAUGUGUUCGGUAUAUCAAAAACAACCCAUCCAAUUGUGGAAUUGGUAUAAGCGGGAUGCUCUCAACCUUAUGGUUAAGUUAAUGAUUUAUGUCUACAUCAGUCGUGGGGUACGCAUGACAAGGUCUCUAAAAGCGUUCACCAAAAUGCUUGGUUUUGCUUGUGUCCAGGAAUUCAUAUGUAAAUAUUAUCGCCUUUUGGUUACCAUGAUAUUGCCCUAUUGUGUCAAAGAGCCCCGCUGCAAGGGUCUAUUGAUUAGCAUAUCGAAGAUAACACGAAAACCGGUUAAUAACCUUUUUAUUGUAUCAUUUUUGCGAAUCUAUACCCACAUCUAUUUGACGGAGGAACCGGAGAUUGGUAAUCGCUGCAUAGAAUUGAUCGGCAAGUGUACCGGGGCAAGUCUUAGCAAGCUCAUGAAUACGGAUGUAAAGCAAACGGUUUCCGAAUUUCUGGUCUAUUUCAAUCGCAGCCCUACUUUUGUAAUGCAGGCCUUUAGCUGCCUAUUGCCUAAUGAGGUGGGAGGUCCCGCAGCUGCUGCCGCCGCCACCACAGGUACAUCAGCAGCCCCCUCAACCAGUCUACGCUCCUUCAAAAGUGCCACACAUGAAUUUUCGAAUUUUAUUGCCGAUCGCUUCUUGGGUGUGAUAACAUAUUUUCAAACCUGCCUCUCGGAACCGUAUUUUGAAAAGCCACUCAAAGAGGAAACCCUUUACAGUUUAGGGCAAAUUAUGCGGCUCAUCGGACCCAACAAUGUUACCCAGUUUCGUUUCAAAAUUAUUGCCAUGUUGAGUUUUGUACUGACCCUAGAUGAUCGGAAUUUGCAAAGUAUCUGCCUGAAGAUAUGGAAUAUUUUCUUGCAUACGGUGAAUAUCGAGGAGCUGGGUCCAUCGUUGAGUCGCAUUGUGGCCUCGCUGCAGCCUUUGAUUGGCAGCUAUGAGCAGGAGAUUAAUGAUAUCUAUGAAUUUUUGAUAUUGAAAAGUGGCAGCCUACUGGGUUCCCAUAUUUCCGAUUUGUAUUUUCUGAAGGAUACCAAGGAGGUUAGGCAGGUGAUUCGACAAUCAAUGGCCAGACAAACGGAAUUAUUGAAAUUGGAGGGUGGCGAAGAUGUGUCGGAGAAGCUGAGUUUCCUUUACAAUCAAAUUUGCAAUGAGAAUAGCCAGGUGCGGAUCUAUGGCCUGAAUUAUUUGGGUAGCUUUAUCAAUCGAUAUCGUGCCGAGAUUAAUCACAUGAUCUUGGAUACGAUACCCUUGAAUCCGCUGAUAGAACGUAUUGUGGAUGAGGUAAUAAAGGGUUGUCGCCACGAGGAUCGGAAUAUCCAUUUGGCUUCGGCGAAGUGUCUGGGUGAACUGGGUGCCAUUGAUCCCAGUUAUAUGUCGGCGAAUUUCUCCUUUAUGGAAAGUACGGAGAUUUCGUUGAGCAUGCAUACCGAUGAUUUUGCCAUUAUGGCAUUGACGGAACUCUGCAGGGCAUAUCAGUUUCAAAAGGACUCGAAGUAUGUGGAUAAUUUCUCUUUGGCCAUCCAGGAGACGCUGGCGGUAUUUGGCAUCUCUCCAAGGGAGAGUAAGAAGCUAAAUGUCUGGGAUGCCCUGCCGCUGAGAAUGCAACAAAUUAUGGAACCCCUACUGACCUCGUGUUAUACAGGUUCUCGAAGGGAUAAAAAGAUUGGGGAACAUCCUCUCUUCAACAGCAGUUUGUGUAGAUCCUAUGAGGAAUGGUCCUUUGCCUGGGCCUGCCGCCUAAUUGAAUGGGUUCAGACAGAUGAAACGAGGAGGUUACUAAAUUCCUAUAAGCCCAGCAUGAAGCGGGAUAGUAAAAUGUUAUCGAUAUUCUUCCCUUACAUAUUGCUCCACGUCCUGCAGGAAUGUGAAGAGGGCCGGGAGGUGGAGAUCUAUGAAGAAUUUAUGGCGGUUUUUAAUUUCUGCAAUCGUGAUGCCACUCAAUCGGGCCGGGUGGAUGUGGGAGGCUUUAAGGAAUUUAAAUCAAGUAAAUAUUCCGCGGAUAAGGUGAAUUCGGCUAGUUCAGGAGGUGGGACGGGCUCAUCAAAUGCUGUCGCAACAAAUAUUGGAGGUGUUUCCGAACAAUUUGAGGCUUUGGAGACCGUGACUCAGACCUGCACCAAACUCUGUUCCGAACAAUUGGAUUUUUUGAAACGCUGGAUACGUGAAUGGCAAAAGCAGAAUAUGAUGGGUGGUAAAUUCCGCCAGGAGGAUGUUAAAUACAAAAACAUCGACAAGUUCCUCAAGCAGUUUAAUAAGGCCCAGCUCUCCAAGGCCAACUACAACUCGGGGGAAUAUGCCCGAGCCUUGCUAUAUUUGGAGGAGUACAUCGAAGAGAAACCGGCCAAGAGGCUGCAGGAACAAUUAUCGUAUUUGAUAGAGAUCCAUGGCAAAUUAAUGGAUUCCGAUUCGGUAGAGGGUGCGGUAUUCGUCAAGGAAACCGAUUUAUCUUUGGAGGAGGAAAUCCUCGUCAAUCGCUUGGUGGAUCGGCCUCAGGAGACCAUUAACUGCUAUCAGCAGUUGUUAUUGAAGGGAGAUGCCACCAUAAAUCAGGAUCAUGUAAGCGGAAUUAUACAAUGCUAUCUUCGGACCGAUACCCCUGAGACCGCCUUAUUGAUUACCGAUGGCCUCUGGGAAAAAUUGGCCGAUCAAUAUAAUGAUGACUACUUCAAGGAGUGUAAAACUGAGAUCCUCUGGCGUUUGGGUAGAUAUGAUGAACUGCAGGAGCUAUUGGAGGAUACCGCCGUCAAGAGUAAGACCAGCAAUUGGAAUAUACAAUGCGCCGAGGCCUUUCUGCUUUUCCGACAACCCUCAACGACCCCGGGAGAAGAAGAGCUCUUUGUGGAACAAUUAGAUGCCAUACGUUCCCACAUUGUGGCCAGUAUGCGUUCCUGUUCGGGUGUCACAGGGAAUUCUUAUACCCAUUCCUAUGAUGAGGCCACAAGGCUGCAUCUGCUCAACGAGGUGGAGAAGAAUAAGCAGCUGCUGAAUCAAUUACAAGUGAAUCUGAAGAAGGCUUCCGAACCCUUGGCACGCAGUGAACUGCAUAACCUCAAAGAUAACUGCCUGGAGAAUCUGCAGAAAUUCUUUAGCAACUGGGAUGCCCGGCUGGUGAUCUUGGAACCAUCCGCCCGGAUCCUAGAGGUUAUGUGUUUCCGCAGAAAUCUUUUACUGGAGACCCAGAGGAUUCUACAACAAAACUAUCAAAGUUCGGAGGUAAAAACCCAACAAGACCUCCUCUCACCCAUUAACAGCGCCCUCAAUGAACAAAUUGUCAAGCUAUGGUUGCGUAGCAUACAAAUGAAUCGAGAAUCAGGGUGUCUGCAGCAAGCUGAAAUUUCCAUGAUGAAAGCGGAACCCUAUAAACCCGCCACCCUCUUCCUCGAGAAGGCCAAACUCCUUUGGCAAAAGGGUGAUCAGACGAAUUGCUUUAAACUACUGCAGGAUAACAUAAAUGCCCUCGAAGCUACCUGCAAUGGAGAAAUACGACGCAUGGAACCUUCCAAACGUAUCAUUUAUGCCGAAGCGAAAUUCCUGCAAGCCACCUUUAAUGCGGAAUCAAUGAAUAUAUGUUCCGAAUUAAAUUUAAAAUGCUUCGUUGAAGCGCUGGCUGCCAAUCGGACAUCGGAAAAAUGUCUCCUACACUAUGCACAAUAUAUGGAGAAAAUCUACGAUUCCUACAGUCGCGAACAAAAGGAAUCGGAACUUGGUUGUAGCCUCCUACUAGAUACCAUGCUCAACUAUGCCAAAUCUCUGAAAUAUGGGCACUCACAUGUGUAUCAGUCACUGCCUAGGAUACUCAGCAUCUGGUUGGAUUUCACUUCGCAACAGGCCUCCGAACAACAACAGCAACCGCAACAAGGUUCCGCCACUUCGAAUGCCGCCCGAAUAAUAAAUUUACAAAAUUUGGCCAAGAAAAUGAAUGACAUGAUCCAGAAUUGUGUCAAUGUCCUACCCAUAUCGUUGUUCUACACCGCAUUCUCUCAGCUACUCAGCCGCAUUGGCCACCCCUCACCUGAUGUUUUUCGUACCCUUUCGAAUAUUGUCAUUAAACUCAUCGAACACUUUCCCCAUCAAUCUCUGUGGAUGCUGCUGCCCAUCAUAAAAUCCUGUCACACAAAUCGCAUUAAACGAUCCCGCCUUAUCCUCACCGAUGCCCGGCUAAAUAAAACCUCUUUUCAAAAACUGCUCAACGAUUUCAAUAUCCUAGCCGAGCGUCUCAUCGAACUAACCAACAAAGACAUACCCUUUGAUCGGACCUAUGAACUAAGUUCCUUAGUGCGCCAGCUACCUCAACUAUUUGCCGAUCCGAAGUUCUCACAAAUUAUGUUGCCAUUUGAGAAAUAUAUGCAAGCCUCUUUCCCCAUAACCUCACAGACCGCCACGGAAUCGCUAAAUGUCACCUCUGUGACUGUGAACCCUACAGCCGAUGUUACCAUGCAAUCGGCGGCAUUGCCCAGCUAUCCAUUUCCAAGUGGGGUAUUUAUCUGUGGCAUUUCCGAAGAGGUGGUGGUGUUGCGUUCCGCAGCCAAACCUAAGAAAAUUACCAUUGAAUGCAGCGAUGGGAAGAUGUAUAAUGUCAUGGUCAAGCCCAAAGAUGAUUUGCGUAAAGAUUUUCGCCUUAUGGAAUUUAAUGGCUUGGUUAAGCGUUACCUACAUCAGGAUCCACAGGCCCGUCAUCGCCAUCUACGCAUACGAACCUAUGCCGCCAUACCUUUCAACGAAGAAUGUGGCCUGGUGGAAUGGCUACCCAAUCUAAAUUCCUUCCGUGGCAUAUGUACCGGCAUUUAUCGCAUGCGUGGCCUUGGCAUUCCCGAUCGCAACCUUCGUCAAUAUGCUCUACCCAAGACGGAACCUAUCGAAAAGAAACGUGCCGUUUUCCAGGAGCUGGUUUCACGAAAUCCUCCCGUUUUCCAUGAAUGGUUUAGGCAACGAUUCCAUUCUCCCCAUAGCUGGUAUCAGGCACGUAGCUCGUAUGUGAAAACCUGUUCGGUUAUGUCUAUGGUGGGUUACAUUUUGGGUUUGGGUGAUCGACAUGGGGAAAAUAUCCUAUUCGAUGAAACAAAUGGUGAUGCGGUUCACGUCGAUUUUAAUUGUUUGUUUAAUCAAGGAGAAUCCUUUGCCUAUCCAGAAUUGGUACCAUUCCGUUUAACUCACAAUAUGACAUUUGCCAUGGGCCCCCUGGGGGUGGAGGGUCUUUUCCGUAAAUGUUGUGAAAUAACACUGAGGCUUUUGAAGGGAGAAUCGAAAACGUUGAUGUCGGUCCUCCGACCAUUUGUUUAUGAUAUUGGGUUCAUUGAUCGCCUAAAGACCAAGAAAACGAAUAGUAAUUUGGAGGUUACCGAUCCAAAGGCCAUAACGGAUGUGAAAAGGAUUGAGGAGAGGCUGCAGGGUUAUGUAAAACGCACCCAGGGUUUCAGCAUACCCUUGUCCACCGAGGGCCAUGUCAAUUUCCUGAUUAAUGAAGCCACCGAUUUGGAUAAUUUGGCUGCCAUGUAUAUCGGAUGGGGUUCCUAUAUAUGAGAU